CCGGGCACUUCCGGCAGCGCGGACGGGAGGCGCGGCGGGCAACUAUGGCUGGGUACUUGAAGUGGGUGUGUGCUUCCUUUCAGCGUCAAAGGUUCCACACUAUUGGGGGCCACCACAAAGGUCGGACAGGUGCUGAGCACCUGUGGCUAAUGCGGCAUUUAAAGGACCCCUUUGUGAAGGCUGCAAAGGUGGAGAGUUAUCGGUGUCGAAGCGCCUUCAAGCUUCUGGAGAUGAAUAAGAAGCAUCAGAUUCUGCAGCCUGGCCUUCGGGUAUUGGACUGUGGGGCAGCUCCUGGGGCAUGGAGUCAGGUGGCAGUGCAGAGGGUCAAUGCUGCAGGCACAGAUCCCAACUCUCCUGUUGGCUUUGUGCUUGGGGUAGAUCUUCUUCACAUAUUCCCCCUGGAAGGAGCAACUUUUCUGUGCCCUGCUGAUGUGACUGACCCAAGAACCUUUCAGAGAAUCCUAGAACUGCUUCCCGGCGGGAGAGCAGAUGUGAUUCUAAGUGACAUGGCACCCAAUGCCACAGGGAUCCGGGACCUUGACCAUGACAAGCUCAUCAGCCUGUGCUUGACCCUUCUGGACAUGGCCCCAGAUAUCCUGCACCUGGGGGGAACGUUCCUUUGUAAAACCUGGGCUGGAAGUCAAAGCCAUCGGUUACAGAAGAGACUGACAGAGGAAUUCCAGAGCAUGAGGACUGUAAAACCUGAAGCCAGCAGGAAAGAAUCAUCAGAGGUGUACCUCUUGGCCACAAAAUACCACAGAAGGAAUUGUGCUGUGAAGCAGUGAGCAUUUCUUCUGCCAUUUUCAUAGGGGUUCUUAGGUUGUUUUUAACUACCCGUGUAGCCUGAGCUCUUUCCUGAAGAGUAGCUGGGGAGAGCCAAGCUCUAAUCUGGGAGAUGCAGCAGGAUAAGUGGAGAAACUCUUUAAAAAAAAAAAAAAAAAAAAAACACCAAGAGGACAUGACAAAACUAUAUUCAAAGACCAUGAAAAAUGAUAAAAAAAAAUAGUCGUCUAUAUCAUAAUUUGUGAAAAGAAAGUUAUCAGGAGAGGGAGAUAAGUAAAGAUUGAAGGAUGAAGAGUCAGACUGAGGAAGGAAAAAAAGAAAUUUGCUGAGGCAGAAAUGGAUAUACCCACAUGGGCCUUUCUGUAACUUCCCUGUCUUAGACUGUUAGGAUAUUACAGAGAAACAGGUUUUCCACUGUUGCUUUAACAACAUAAUACCCAGGUUUCCAGUUGUUAUUUUGGCUGGAUAUAAAGUAGAAAAAUCAGAAAUUCCCAUCUGGGGGUUAAUUUCCAUUUCUCUGGUGUAUAAUCUGGAAAUGUAUCCAUUCUUCAGGCAGCAAGAGUUCCCAGAGCAGUUAGGGAAGACAUUUGGUAUGAAUUUAUGCACAGGGUGGGUGUGCUUUGCUUUUGUCGGAAAUAGAUAUUGCUGUAAUACUCCAGGCUCCCAAGACCAUAAAGGUAAUUGUGAAAGCAA